ACAGUUUAGCAUUGCAGAAGAAGGAAACAAGAUGUAAGAUUUGGAAAGUUGCCAUUUUCGCCGUUUCUCUCAUAUAAAUACACAUGUACAUACAAAAUUGAAAUUCGCAGCACGAUCUUCAAACAGCGCUGUAAAUCUCGUAUUUCAUCCACUGUCAUGUUGAUGAAGUUAAAUUAUCUGCUUCUUUGCUUCUGCCCUACUCUUACAUGAUAAAUAGAAGUAUUGUUCUGUACACUUUUUGGAUUCCAACUCCCAGGAUAAAAUAUUGCCUCACUCCUUUGUUGUAAUACUCUGCAAGUAUGGCGUUCGGUCGACUUGAAGAAAUCCUGUCUGCUGCUGCUAGUCGUUUAUCAGUUGGAAGGCCUUCUACCGUUCAACAUGUGUCACCUGGAGUGUCUCCAGUCAAUGAUUCUGGGCAUGGUGUUGGCUUUUCCAGAUCUGGGAGAAAUAAUUUAUUAAGACGAACGUCAUCUCUGCAAGAUUUCUCUACUGAUAGCCAAGUGGAUCCUGAAGAAGGAACUAUGAACAUCGGAACAGAAGGGAGGUCUACCCAAGAACAAUCUCUUUUGGCACAAAGAGUAAGUGGUGGGGCCAGCUUUUCAAAGAAAAAGGCAUCAACAGGAAGCCCAUGUAUGAGAAAGAAAUGGGUGCAAGUAAUUUUGGUUUUUCUCUGCUUAGUGUUGUUUGCAUUCCUUGUAUUUACAUUACAAUACAUUUAUUCUAAAUGGUCUAAGGGGUCACCUGAGUUCUACGUUAUUCUUGAUUGUGGUAGCACUGGGACCCGGGUUUAUGUGUACAAAGCAUCUGCUAAUCACAAUAGAUAUGUUGGUGGCCUGCCAAUUCUGCUAAGCUCUUUACCUGAAGGCCUUAUAAGCACAAAGGAUUCCCAGAUUGGGCGGGCUUACAAUCGGAUAGAGACCGAUCCUGGAUUUGAUAAAUUGGUGCAUAAUGUUUCAGGUUUGACAGGAGCAAUAAAACCGCUACUCCAAUGGGCAGAGAAGCAGAUCCCCAUCAAUGCACAUAAGUCUACUUCUCUGUUCCUUUAUGCUACAGCCGGUCUUCGCAGACUGCCAAGUUCAGACUCAGACUGGCUUCUUAACAACGCCUGGUUAAUUAUGAAAAAUUCGUCAUUCCUCUGUCAGAGAGAGUGGAUAAAGAUUAUCAGUGGCAUGGAUGAAGCAUUUUAUGGAUGGAUAGCUCUAAACUAUCACCUCAGUGUGUUGGGAACUAUGCCCAAAAAGGAAACUUAUGGUGCUCUUGACUUAGGUGGCUCCUCAUUGCAGGUUACAUUUGAGAACAACAAAAACAUUCAUAAUGACACUAGCUUACAGCUAAACAUUGGUCCUGUCAAUCAUCAUCUGAGUGCCUAUUCUCUAUCAGGCUAUGGUCUGAAUGAUGCUUUUGACAAGUCUGUUUUUUAUAUUUUUAAAAGACUUCCACAUAUUACCAAAGCAGAUAUGGCAAGUGGGAAUAUUGUGAUUGAACACCCUUGCCUGCAUUCUGGGUACAAGGAGCAGUAUGCUUGUUCUCAUUGUACUUCUUUGUACGAGGAUGAUGGGAGUCCUUUGAAUGGGGAGGGCAAAAUGGGAAAAGGAGGUAGACCAGGAAUUUCAGUUCAGCUUAUCGGCGCUCCAAAUUGGGGGCAAUGCAAUUUACUUGCACAUGCUGCAGUCAACAUCUCUGAGUGGUCUGGCAAUACUCCAGCUAUUAAUUGUAAAAUGAAUCCUUGUGCCCUUCCAGAUAAUGUUCCUCAUCCCAAUGGACAUUUUUAUGGGAUGUCUGGCUUCUAUGUGGUUUAUAAGUUUUUUCAACUGACUUCUGAUUCUACACUUGAUGAUGUGUUGGAGAAGGGUCAGGAAUUUUGUGCAAAGACUUGGAAUGUCGCAAAGAAUAGUGUUGCGCCUCAGCCAUUUAUUGAACAAUAUUGCUUCAGAGCACCUUACAUUGUGUUCCUGUUGAGAGAAGGUUUGCACAUAACAGAUAGCAAUGUAACUAUUGGUUCUGGAAGUAUAACCUGGACGCUUGGUGUUGCCUUAUUAGAAGCUGGAAAAGCCUAUACAACCAAGCUGGAACAUCGCACCUAUAAUAUUUACUGGUUGAAGAUCAGCCCAACUGUCCUCUUGGUCAUUCUAUCUGCUUCAUUGGUUCUCCUAGUUUGUGCACUACUGUACGUAGGGAAUUGCACAUCAAAACUUUUACAUCGGCAAUAUCUUCCACUAUCUAGGCAUAACAGUACCUCAAACACUUCUGUUCUUAAUAUCCCAUCCCCUUUCCGGUUCAAGCGAUGGAGCCCUAUGCAAUCAGGGGAAGGAAGGGUCAAGUUGCCAUUAAGUCCAGCUGUAACUUCAUGGCAUAAACCAUUUGGCUCUGUUGAUUUUAAUAGUGGCGUUGAGCUCAACGAUUCCUCCAUGCAUCCAUCGUCAAGCAGUGUUGUUCAUAGUUAUUCUGCAGGUAGCUUGGGUCAGAUGCAGCAAAAUGACAGUAGCAGCAUAGGUUCUUCCUGGUCCUCACAGAGAAGUCAGAUGCAUCUUCAAAGUAGGAGGUCCCAAUCUCGAGAAGACUUAAGUGCUUCAGUGGCUGAGUUGCACUUGACGAAGACAUAAAAUUUUUUUAUACUUACCCAAAUCCGCUGGGCUUGGCUCUUGCAUAAUGCAAAAAUUGCUAGUCAUCCCUGAAUACAAGCCAGAGGCUGCAUUUUUGGAAUCAUUUUAUAAGUUGUCGAGUAUUUUCCUGAUCCAAAGUAAAAUUCAUACAAAGGAGUUAAAUAUGUUUUCGAAAGGGGAGGCGAGCUUUUCAGAUAUUACUGAAGUUAGUCUGGAGGUUCGGUUGGAAAAGCAUUGUACAAAGGCAGGUGACACUGAUUAAUGCUUCUUUGACAAAGCUGUAUUCCUUCUCUUGUUUAUUGCUCAAAUCAUAGGAUCAAAUGUUUUAGAAAACAUGGAGGGAAGAUUUUCAAGUUCUUUAAUCUCUUAUUUCCUCACAGAUUCUUUUGUAUAUUAUAACAAUCAUAUUUUAGUAUAUAGCAUGACAGUUGCAGUUGCA